AUUGGCCCAGCGUCGUCUGGGUUUGGCCGGUGUAGGCCGUCAAUGUUAAUAAGAAUUUGUUCUUAACUGACUUGCCUACUUAAAUAAAGGUUACAAAUAAAAAUAUAUUUUCCUCCUACUGUCACUACACCUUAUCUCUUACUUCCUAGGCUGAUUGAUCUCCUUCUACGUCUUACCUUUUUCCUCAAAUAUGCUAUAUACUACCUCUUACCUCCUUUCUCCUACUGUAGCUCUUAUCUCCUACCCCUCUACAGUCGCUCACUAUUACCUCUUACAUCUUACCUUGUAACUUAUGCGGUGCCUGCUCCUACCGCUUACCUCUUACUGUAACUCAUACCUUCAUACCUCCUACCUCCUACAGUAACUGUUCCUACCUAGUACCUCCUACAUAUUACAGUUUAGCUUCUACCUCUGCUGUGACUGCUGCUCCACUGACAGCUGCUUUAUUGUCUGGGUGAGUCUGGCAGUUAGCACAGUAGUCCUCCCCUCUCCCUGGCACCAGCCACCUCCUCCGCGCACCGCGCCCCAGCGUGUGUUCCCCUGUCCUCACAGUAGAGCCAGCAGUGACAGCAGAAUGCCAAAGUGGACCAGGAGGGGAGUUGCAUGGAAUGUACUCAGGCGUAUUCACGGUCACACUACAUAGUGCAAGCAUGCUUUUAGGAAGUGCCUUCAAUAGCAGCUGUCUCCCGGCAUUGGUGCGGACCCCUCCUGUUAUGAUGCAGUCCACUCUGGAUAUGAAGUCCUUCAUGUCCUUCCCGGUGGAAACCACAUCAGCAGUGGGACUCUUCCCCAACUUCAACACAAUGGACCCUGUGCAGAAGGCCGUAAUUAAUCACACAUUUGGAGUCUCCAUCGCGCCGAAGAGAAAGCAAGUUAUUUCCUGCAAUAUCUGCCAACUGCGCUUCAACUCAGAUAGCCAAGCCGAUGCGCACUACAAAGGCAGCAAACAUGCCAAGAAGCUCAAAGCGCAGGAGACCCCUAAACAUAAGACCCUGAAAAACAACAGCACACCCAGCCAGGACAGAGGAAAGAGAUUCAUAUCCUCCACCACCUCCUCUUCCUCCUCCAGUAUCGCUCUCACUGCCUGCAGCUCUGAACAACCAGUUAAAAAAGGGUUAUAUCCGAACAAUCUCUACACCAUGGCGUCUUCAAAAUCGUUUUCCCCAGCUUCUGGCCUGGCAUUGGCGCCCUCAUCUAUCCUGUGUAAACCUCUGUGUGAGCCCACACCUGCCAGUCCGGCCCCAGAGAUGCCAAAGCCCACACUCACUAAACCAACCCCGGUGCCUGCUGUGCCUGCUGCCCCCGCCCCAUGCAAGCACUCCGACGAAUCAGAGGAGGAGAAGGCCAAGAAGCUUCUCUACUGUUCGUUAUGCAAAGUAGCCGUCAACUCCCUCUCCCAGCUUGAGGCUCACAACACAGGUUCCAAGCACAAAACGAUGCUGGAUGCGAGGGAUGGAGCAGGGCCCAUCAAAGCCUAUCCCAGGCCAGGGGCUAAGCUCAAGGUCCAGGCCACCAUCACCAAAGGCUCAGGCCUGCAGAACAAGACGUUCCACUGCGAAAUCUGUGAUGUCCACGUCAACUCAGAGAUCCAGCUCAAACAGCACAUUUCCAGUCGGAGGCACAAAGACCGAGUGGCCGGGAAACCCUUGAAGCCCAAAUACAGUCCUUACAGCAAGCAGCAACACAGCACCGCCACCACCACACUAGAAGCUAAACUCGCAUUCCAGAAGGACCUUGUGAAGCCCCUGUCUCAGGCUUUCCUCUCCAGCCCGUUCAUCCCCACCACAAUACCCUCCAUCUCCCUCCACCCGCGGCCCAACACCUCCAUCUUCCAGAAAGUCGCCCUCCCACCCUCUUUCCUGCGAGCGGCUCCUGGCCCUAUCCGGCCAACAGGAGGGUCCAUCCUCUUCGCCCCAUAUUGACCUUUGAACCCCUCAUCCCGACCACCUGAGCACAGAGGGAGGUCCAGCUUUGUGUGCACAGGGUCCAUAUUAUGACAGCCUCAGAGUCACAAGUGGUUGGUGUCAAACUGUUCCUCAGAGAGCUCUGAGAUGUGUAUGAGAGGUGUUACCAUGGCAACGUUCACACUGGGGCAGUCAGGAUUACGGAGCUUGACCCGACAACAUGUUUCUCCUAAACCUGCUGAACCUUAACCGAGGGGAGCAUUGAACUGUCUACACCCUGAUUGACUUGAAUUACCGCGGUUUCUCGGCACAAUGUAAGGACAACACCAGUCACAUGUACGGUGUCCUAUUAGGACAGCCUCAGUGUCAGGACUUCUUUCAAUCUCACCUUACACAUGAUCGGUGUGAAUUUGUGGUAGUGCUGGACAGCAGAGGAAGUGCUGUGUUGUUUUAGACCGAUGAUGGGGGCUAGCUUGUCUCCAGUGUUUGUAUGGUGGAGAAAGCUAUGGGAUACAGUGCCAUGAUUGACCUCAACUCUUGUGGGCUGAACAACUGACACCAGCUGCGAUUAACUCUUUCAAAGUCACAACAAACAUCCCUGCAAAAUCUGGGAUGUUUUCCUUCGGUCCUUCAAUUUCAGUGUUAUUAUAAGAUAAACAACUGUUUGUUUUUCCAAAGACAAAAUGGAGAAUUGCACAUUAAUGUUGACCUGCCUGUUGUCUGGCAGGGACGUCAUGGGCCUUUGAUUUCUAUGUGAUGUCAAUGUUUUUGUCAGGGCACUGUAUUGUGACCCCUUAAUGCAAUAAUGUACAGAGUUUUAAGAUACGUGUACAGUAUACACAAAACUAUGUUAGGUAGUAUUGUAGAGAGAGUACUAGAAAUAGAGUUUAUGCAUACAUUGUGGUUUGGAGAGUUUGGAAAUACUGCUUUAAACUUUUUUUAAAAUCAAGAAACGAGAUAUGAAUGUUAUUGUUGUGCUCCUUUAAGUAGGGAAUUGUGCUUAGGAUCAAAAUUGAAAAACUGCCAUCUCUGGAUGAAACAGUGAUGUCCUUUGCUAUGCAAGAAGUUUUUAACUAUUGUCACCACAUUUUAAGCGAUAUUGUGUACGAUUUUAACCGCGGCAACAACAGCAAGAUUUAACCUGUAUGGUGUCCAUAUUAUGACACCCUCAUUCUCAGCAGGACUUGUUUCAAUCUUAGCAGGACUUAGGCUGUCCUAAUAUGGACACCGUCAAACAGAGUUGAUUAAAAUAGAAGGAGGCUAGAUGUUUAUCCAUAGGAAUUCUUUGGAAGGUAUGCCUUCACACCCCUUGACUAUUUCCACAUUUUGUUGUGUUAGAAAAUGGGAUUAAAAUGGAUUUAAUUGUCAUUUUUGAUAACGAUCUACACAAAAUGUAAUGUGAAAGUGGAUAUUUUUUGGGGACAUUUGUAAAACUAUUAAUGAAAAAUAAAACAAUAAUAAUUAUUGAUGAGAUACAGUUGAAGUUGGCAGUGUACAUACACCUUAGCCAAAUACAUUUAAACUCCGUUUUUCACAAUUCCUGACAUUUAAUCCUAGUAAAAAUUCCCUGUCUUAGGUCAGUUAGGAUCACCACUUUAUUUUAAGUGGUUUUAAGUGGUAAUGUGAAAUGUCAGAAUAAUAGUAGAGAGAAUUAUUUAUUUCAGCUUUUAUUUAUUUCAUCGCAUUCCCAAUGGGUCAGAAGUAUACAUACACUCAAUUAGUAUUUGGUAGCAUUGCCUUUAAAUUGUUUAAAUUAACCUGGGUCAAAAGUUUCAGGUAGCCUUCCACAAGCUUCCCACAAUAAGUUGGGUCAAUUUUGGCCCAUUCCUUCAGAUAGAGCUGGUGUAACUGAGUCAGGUUUGUAGACCUCCUCACCUUUUCAGUUCUGCCCACAAAUUGUCUAUAGGAUUGAGGUCAGGGCUUUGUGAUGGUCACUUCAUUACCUUGACUUUGUUGUCCUUGAGCCAUUUUUCCAGAACUUUGAAAGUAUGCUUGGGGUCAUUGUCCAUUUGGAAGACCCAUUUGCAACCAAGCUUUAACUUCCUGACUGAUGUCUUGAGAUGUUGCUUUAUAUCCACAUCAUUUUCCUGCCUCAUGAUGCCAUCUAUCUUGUGAAGUGCACCAGUCCCUCCUGCAGCAAAGCACCCCCACAACAUGAUGCUGCCACCCCCGUGCUUCACGGUUGGGAUGGUGUUUUUCGGCUUGCAAGCUUUUUCCUCCAAACAUAAUGAUGGUCAUUAUGGCCAAACAGUUCUAUUUGUGUUUCAUCAGACCAGAGGACAUUUUUCCAAAAAGUACAAUCUUUGUCCCCAUGUGCAGUUGCAAACCGUAGUCUGGCUUUUUUAUAGUGGUUUUGUAGCAGUGGCUCUUCCUUGCUGAGCGGUAUGGCAGCUACCUGGUCCCAUGGUGUUUAUACUUGCAUACUAUUGUUUGUACAGAUGAACGUGGUACCUUCAGGCAUUUGGAAAUUGCUCCCAAGGAUGAACCAGACCUGUGGAGGUCUACCAUUUUUUUUCUGGGGUUUUGGCUGAUUUAUUUUGAUUUUCCCAUGAUAUCAAGCAAAAGGGCACUGCGUUUGAAGCUUCUAAAGACAUCAUUUUCUGGAAUUUUCCAAGCUGUUUAAAGGCACAGUCAACUUAGUGUAUGUAAAUUUCUGCCCCACCGGAAUUGUGAUACAGUGAAUUAUAAGUGAAAUAAUCUGUCUGUAAACAAUUGUUGGAAAAAUUACUUGUGUCAUGCACAAAGUAGAUGUCCUAACCGACUUGCCAAAACUAUAGUUUCUUAACAAGAAAUGUGUGGAGUGGUUAAAAAAUGAGUUUUAAUGACUCCAACAUAAGUGUAUGUAAACUUCCGACUUCAACUGUAAGUAUUCAACCCCCUGAGGCAAAACAUGCUAGAAUCAACUUUGGCAGCAAUUACAGCUGUGAGUCUUUCUGGGUAAGUCUCUAAGAGCUUUGCACACCUGGAUUGUACAGCCAUUUUCAAGUAUUUUUAAGUCAUAACUGAAACUAGGCCACUUAGGAACAUUCAAUGUCGUCUUGGUAAGCAACUCCAGUGUAUAUUUGGCCUUGUGUUUUAAGGCUGCUGAAAGGCGAAAGGCGAAUUUGUUCCCAGUGUCUUUUGGAAAGCAGACUGAACCAGGUUUCCCUCUAGAAUUUUUCCUGUGCUUAGCUCUAUUCCAUUUAUUUUCAUCCUAAACACUCCCUAGUCCUUGCCGAUGACAAGCAUACCCAUAGCAUCAUUCAGCCACAACUUUGCUUGAAUAUAUGGAGAGUGGUAUUCAGUGAUGUGUUGUAUUGGAUUUGCCCCAAACGUAAUGCUUUGUAUUCUGGACAAAAAGUUAAUUUCUUUGCCAAAUUGUUUGCAGGUUUACUUUAGUGCCUUAUUGUAAACAGGAUGCAUGUUUUGGAAGAUUUUAUUCUGUACAGGCUUCCUUCUUUUCACUCUGUCAAUUAGGUUAGUAUUGUGCAGUAACUACAAUGUUGAUCCAUCCUCGGUUUUCUCCUAUCACAGCCAUUAAACUCUGUAACUGUUUUAAAGUGACCAUUGGCGUCAUGAUGAAAUCCUUGAGCGGUAUCCUUCCUCUCCUGCAACUGAGUUAGGAAGGCCACCUGUAUCUUUGUAGUGACUGGGUGUAUUGAUACACCAUCCAAAGUGUAAUUAAUAACUUCACCAUGCUCAAAGGGAUAUUCAAUGUCUGCUUUUCCCUGGUCUUUGUGGUUGAAUCUGUGUUUGAAAUUCAAUUCUUGACUGAGGGAUCUUACAGAUAAUUGUAUGUGUGGGGUAUAGAGAUUAGGUAGUCUUGCAAAAAUCAUGUUAAACACUAUUAUUGCACACAGAGUCCAUGCAACUUAUUGGGACUUGUUAAGCAGAUUUGUACUCCUGAAUUUAUUUAGUCUUGCCAUAACAAAGGGGUUGAAUACUUAUCGACUCAAUACAUUUCAGCUUUUCAUAAAAAUUAUUUUUGUAAAAAGCUCUAAAAACAUAAUUCCACUUUGACAUUAUGGGGUAUUGUACGUAGGCCAGUGACAAAUUUAAUACAUGUUCAAUUCUGGCUGUAACACAACAAUAUGUGGAAAAAGUCAAGGGGUGUGAAUAAUUUCUUAAGGCACUGUGCCUCUAUGGGUCCACAGUGGGAUUUGUAAUAUGGUGUGUUAACCUAAAAAAUUGCUUUUAGUUUAUAGGCACCAUACAUGGGUAUUUCUAGAAUAUUAAGUCAUUUACACUGCUCAGAUGAGAAAACAGAGGUUAUUUGUGAGGAUGUGGGGACUUGAUGUGUAUAAGAUGUAUGUAUGAGGAAAAAGUAUACAUUGAAAGUAUUUCAAAAAAAUAAUAUAUUUGUUUCACAACCACCUCAAUGUUGUUGUUUUUUACUGCACAUUAACAAUGCUUUAAUCGUGAUUACAGUAUGAUCAUGCCUGAAUUUGAGUGUAAUUAGAAAUAAAUAAAACUGUGUUUCGGAAA